AUGGCCUCCUCGUCCUCGGGCCUCGACCCCACCACGCCCGCCAGCUCCGCCGAGCCCUCGCGCGCCACCACCCCCGCCUCCGCCGCCGUCGCUGAGAAAGCCCCCGAUGACAGCUCCAAGCUGAAGACCUUCCUCGGCAUACUGAGAAAGUUCAUGGGCGUUUCCGACAUCGCCGCUGUACGCUUCUCGCUGCCCGCGCAGCUGUUAGAACCGACACCGAACUUGGAGUACUGGAAUUACUUGGAUCGACCCGAGACUUUCAUUGCGAUCGGUGACUCGGAAGAUGCUCUCGGACGCAUGCUUGGGACGCUUAGAUUUUGGUUCACAAAGGACUUGAAAUACGUGAAGGGCAAGCCCUGCAAACCUUACAACUCGGCCUUGGGCGAGUUUUUCAGGUGUAACUGGGAAAUCGAGGACACCUCGCCCCCGCUCAAAUCGGCCAAGGACAAGCCCACGCAGAGCAGCGCCUCAAGCACCGCAUCCGCCGGAAAGACUGUCAAGGUCUCGUACCUGACCGAGCAGACCUCCCACCAUCCCCCGGUCUCGGCAUUCUGGGUCGACUGCCCGGAGAAGGGAAUCACCGCCAAGGGUUAUGAUCAGCUCAGCGCAAAGUUCACCGGCACCAGCAUAAGAGUGACGCCCGGUGCGCACAACCUGGGCAUUUUCAUCACACUGAGCAAGCGCGAUGAUGAGCAGUACCAGCUUACUCACCCCGCUGCCCACUUGGGUGGCCUGUUGAGAGGAUCCCUCAGCGUCACAGUCGCAGACGUCUGCUACAUCACCUGCCCGAAGACGAAGAUAAAAGUCAUCCUGCACUAUUUGGAGGAGGGCUGGCUGGGUAAGACGCAAAACAGAGUUGAAGGCGUCAUCUUCACGUACGACCCAGAGAAGGACGACAAGACGAGGAUCAGGGAUGUUGCGGACAAGGACGUCCUGGCGCGCAUUGAGGGCAGCUGGCAUGACAAGAUUUACUACUCGAUUGGUAGCCAACCCGUCAGCAAGGCAGCGGAGAAGAUACUCCUCAUCGAUGUCAGCCCGCUCUAUCCCAUCCCCAAGAUCAUUCCCCCGGAGGAGGUUCAGCUGCCGAAUGAGUCCCGCAAGUUUUGGGGUGGCGUAACCGAAGCCAUCACCACCAAGCAGUACGCCCUUGCCACGACCCGCAAGCAAGAGCUUGAGGAGCGCCAGCGUGAGAAGGCUGCCGAACGCAAGGAGAAGAACAGCGAUUGGAAGCCUCGCUUCUUCUCGAACGCGACGGAUGCCAACGGCAAGCCGGAUCUGACCGAGGAAGGCCGCCAGGCGCUGGAUGGAUUGCACAAGAAUGACUUCAAGCUGGAGGAAAGCAAGGAGUUGGGAGCAUAG